AUGUCAUCAAAUGGGCCUUACAAUUAUUCAUAUAUCUUCAAGUAUAUUAUCAUCGGUGAUAUGGGUGUUGGGAAAUCGUGCUUGUUACAUCAGUUCACCGAAAAGAAGUUUAUGGCCGAUUGUCCUCAUACAAUAGGCGUUGAAUUUGGAACACGCAUUAUCGAAGUAAGUGGACAGAAAAUCAAACUACAAAUCUGGGAUACAGCUGGUCAGGAAAGAUUUCGGGCAGUGACUCGUUCAUAUUACCGAGGUGCUGCUGGUGCUUUGAUGGUUUAUGACAUCACGCGACGUUCAACUUACAAUCAUCUGAGCAGCUGGCUAGCAGAUGCCAGAAAUCUUACACAUCCAAAUACGGUAAUAUUUUUGAUCGGAAACAAAAGUGAUUUAGAUGGGCAAAGGGAUGUCACAUUUGAGGAAGCAAAAGCCUUUGCGGAUGAAAAUGGUUUAACAUUUUUGGAGUGCUCUGCAAAAACUGGUGACAACGUAGAAGAUGCUUUCUUGGAUACUGCAAGAAAAAUUUAUCAGAAUAUUAAGGAUGGCAGUCUCGAUUUGAAUCAAGCUGACACAGGUGUCCAACCAAAACAAACUCUGCCUCGUUCAGCACAGUCAGCGGGACAAGAGGGAAAGAAUUGUAAUUGUUAG